UCUGUCUUUCUCUCUCUUGCCCGUCUUCUCUUUCUCACCGGGUCUAACUACCGAAAGAGAAAAACAAAGCUAAACGCAAAGGCGAGGAAAUAAUGACCCAACUACUACUACUACGAUACCAACAACGACGUAAGUGUAGCCGAGCCGACCCGAUCGGAGCCGACCUGUCUGACGCAAGCACCCGCGCGAACGUCGGCGCACGCGCUCCUUCCUCCCGGCGACCUCACCGUACCCUAUUCUUCUUAGACAUGCGGCUCACGCGCCUGUCGACAGCCGGCGCAUUCCUGCCGCUCUCUUUCUUACAUCCCCCACUUCCUUCCUUCCUCUCAUCAGUUUCUUCUCCCACCGACGCCCCUUUUCUUCUCUUCACUUUUUCUCCUCCUCUUCUCCUUCACCCACACCAAUACCAUCAUCAACCCUAGGCGGCGAUGGACGGAUCCGACACCCCAACCUCCCCGCCGCCGCCACGACCCUCUCAUAACCCUUUACCUUUCCGUGAGGAUUGUUGGAGCGAGGACGCUACCUUUACCCUCAUCGAAGCCUGGGGCGACCGUUACAUCGAGCUCAACCGGGGGAACCUCCGUCAGAAACACUGGCAGGAGGUUGCCGAUGCUGUUAACACCCGUCAUGGCGCGAACAAGAAGGCCAGACGCACCGAUGUUCAGUGUAAGAAUCGGAUUGAUACCUUGAAGAAGAAGUAUAAGAUCGAGAAGGGUCGGAUUCUCGCUUCUGACGGAACCCUAACCAGUAAAUGGCCCUUUUAUUACCGUCUCGAUGCUUUGAUUGGAUCUACGGUUCCUGCAAAGAAGUCUUCACCUCCUCUUGCCCUUCCUUUGCCCUAUCGAAAGACCCCUCCUUCGCUUCCUCAGGCUUCGCCGGUCCCGCUUCAGGUUCGAUCCGGUAAGGAGAAGCGGCCUUCCCCGGCCGUUGAUGAUUCGUUCUUCCGUAGGAAUAUCUCUGCCGCUCAAGCGGCUGCUGCUGCUGUUGAUGAUGAUGAUGACGACGUGGAUUCGGGAUCGUCGAGGUCGAGCACAGAAAGCCGGCGUCGGGAUGGUGAGAUGAGUGGGUUUCGUCAGCUGGCGCAGGCGAUUACGAGGUUUGGGGAGAUUUAUGAGAGGGUCGAAGGAACCAAGCAACGGCAGAUGAUUGAAUUGGAGAAGCAGAGGAUGCAGUUUGCCAAAGAUUUGGAGUUUCAGAGGAUGCAGCUUUUUAUGGAUACCCAGGUUCAGCUUGAGAAGAUUAAGCGUUCUAAGAGAGCUUCCGGUUCUGACAGUUAUCUAUAGCCAGCUGUUGAAGAGAUAGUUAUCUAUAUCUAGUCAUUCAAAAGCUUUUCAUAUGGAGUUUGGUGUUUGGAGACGUACAUUUUAGUCCCCGAAAAUCUGUAUCAGUUCUGCUGUGCAAAAUUUCCAUCAAAUGUUGGUAGAAGCAAACAAGUGGAGAAUUUUCUUUGAUGACAAGAGGCCGGGGUCUUGGCUGGAACUGAAGCUUCGAGUAGAAAUGUAUAGUUAACAGUAAAUAUUUGUGAUCGGGUGAAUUCUAUUUAUUUGUUUUUGGGACAAGGUUAGAAAAUUCUGAGCACAUAAAAUUGUUAGCAUUGAUCAUCA